GCAGCACAACAAAUAAUUGAACUUCAGGAAGCAGCCCAAAUAAAUGCAGGAUUACAGCCAACUAAUCUAGGGAGGAACAACAGCCUCCAUGAUAUGAAGACUGUCGUAAAAACCUGGAGGAACAGGUUACCUAUUGUGUCAGAUGACUUAUCCCAUUGGAGCAGCAUUUUCAUGUGGAGACAACAUCAUUACCAGGCCAUUGUAACUGCCUAUGAGAACAGUUCUCAGCACGAUCCCAGCUCCAAUAACGCCAUGCUGGGGGUUCACGCCUCUGCAUCAGCAAUUAUCCAGUACGGGAAGAUAGCGCGAAAGCAGGGGCUGGUCAACGUAGCCCUGGAUAUACUGAGCCGCAUUCACACCAUCCCGACUGUGCCCAUCGUGGAUUGCUUCCAGAAAAUUCGCCAGCAAGUCAAAUGUUACCUUCAGCUGGCAGGAGUCAUGGGCAAAAAUGAAUGUAUGCAG